ACCGAUUUGGUACACGAGGAGAUUGUUAUGAUCGUUAUUGUGUCCGCAUUGAAGAAAUGCGACAAAGUCUUUGAAUCAUUGUCCAAUGCUUGAAUCAAAUGCCUAGUGGCAUGAUGAAAGCGGAUGAUCGUAAACUUUGUCCUCCUUCACGCUCUCAAAUGCCAGAGUUGGAACAUUUCAGGAAGCGUUGAAAAAGCAGGACUCGGCAACUGGGGAAGGACGAGAUGGCACGGUGGUUGUCCUCACCGACCUACUCCGGCGGAGCAGAAAUGCCGGUGAACGUAAGGGGUGGGGUGUCGGUUGUGAUGUUGGAAGAAGGGACCUGGACGAACUUGGAGCCGACAUACCAAACCGUGAUGCUGGUUGAAAGUGAUGCCUUCCUAUGGAUCGCAACAAUGUGGACCAAGGUUAGUUUGACGAGGUUAGCGCCGAGCCUGUUGGACUUAGAGUUUCGGGGGACCGUGGAGGCUCGGGGAUGGGUCUACUUGUCUAAGGAAAAGGAAAACGCCAUGAUUAUAGAGUUUGUCUUAGGAUUAUUCCCGUACAAGUUGUUCAAGGAGGCUGAGCGGGAAGUGGUGUGGGCCGCGUGCCAGAGGGUGGAAAUGGUGAUGGAGGCGAUUGAUGUACGGGUGGAACUUCGGGAUAGAGCGAACGUACGAAAGUCGUUUAGGACCUUGAGGUGUGUCAUGCCGCCCUUCAUGGUGGACGCUGUCUUCGGAACCCGGAGCAGGCUGGUGCGGAUAUGCAAAUCCAUGGCAAGCAUGGGGCUGUACCAAGGGGCCCGGCAAGACUUCUUUCAUCUGUCUGCCGAGAAGGGGUCGUUCGAAGGGAAUUGGGCGAAGGAACUAGCCACGAUGCUAAACCAUCUUAGUACGAACGACCUGUUUGUCCCGAGCAACGUGCAUUGGAGGAUAAUGUAUAGGAAUGUCCUGAUAGGGGAGACGUUUAUGGAAGGGGUACAUGACUUGUGGUAUGAGGAGGACGAAGACGACUCGGAUGAGGAAGAGGGGGAAAAGAUGGCAUCGGAAGAAGAGGCUGGGAACCUGCGGAGUACAGAGAGGGGCGUGGAAAGGAACGAAGGGUCAAUAAGGGAUCGAGAAUCAGCAAAUCCGGAGGGAACCAAGGAAGACGGGAAGGAUCUAUCGACGGGGGAAAGUUCGGGAAAGGCCGGGGGAAGUAAACGAGGAUCUCAGGAGAACAAGGAAGGAAGGGACAAGGAAAGGUCAAGUCCGCGAAACUCAUAUGGGAUCAUAGUCGAGAAAGCGAAAGUCUCGGAUGCCCGACGUAAGCUGGAAGAAAUAGAGAAGCGAACCGCAGAGUAUAAGGCGAGACUUAUUGAAGAAAUGACGGUUGGGAACGAGAGGGACCUUCCGGGAGAAGAGCUACGAGAGGAGCGAAGGACUAGCCAGGGCGAAAUCAGGCACGAAGGGAAGGAUAGUAGCCAUAGGGGGACACCUAGCAAGAAAGGGAAGGAGAAGGGGGACUCCCCGGUUGUAGAAGCGGAAAAAGCUACAAACCCACCUGCCAUAGACAGUGGUGCUAACCGCUUGCCUGCCGCGCGAAAAAUAAUGAAGGGGUGCGACGGACUUUGGGGUCUCAGAGAAAGGGUACUAGGGUGGUUUGAUCCGGAAGGAACAACAACAAUCAGAGAAAAGCGGAAGGAUAACAAGGAAGGAGAAGGGACUAGUACGGCUGGCGAGGGCGGGCUCAAGAAAAUAGUAUCCACCCUCACUCUGACAUUGAACAAAAAUCAGGGCUACCUCGCAGAUGCCAAGAAGAAACUCACCUUUGAUGGGGCGAACAUCACCAAAUUCCUGAUAGACUACGAGAAUCUAGCAGCCCUGUUGAAAUGGAGCGAGGAAGAAAAGAUGGACCACUUAGGGCAGCAUGUGCCACUGAGCUUAGAAAGGGACAUUAUGGCCAUCGUCGCCGCCAGCAGAUCCUGGAAAGCGACCCGAAAUGAAAUGAUGAGGAAGUAUCUAAAGGCGGAGAAAAUGGCAACAGAAGCUGAACUGGCAGCAGUACAAAGGAACCACUAUGCGACUUACAAUGACUUCCUGAGAGCGUUUACCCUACGCGUAGAGAUAGAAGAGGUCCCGGAACCGCAGGAACAGGAAACAGAGGAGGCUGAAGCACCACAAGGGGUCGCCAACCUCCAGAGGAUUCCAGGGGAUCUGGAGGACCUGGAAAAAACCUUUGCGGACAUCCGCUUAAGCCUACCUGACCGAGAAGGCGGCGGGGUCAUGAGGGCACCUGCCGGGACGAGACUCAGCUUCCAUGCACUUCCUGUAGGAAAGUUGAAAGUCCAGAUUGGGACCCAUCAUACAGACGCAUUAGUGGACGGAGGUGCAGAAAUCACCCUCAUACGGAGGGACUUCGCAACGAUUACAGGUUGUAUGGUAAACAAGGAAGUGACAGGGAGUAUCCGGGGAGCCGGUGGGGAAAUUCCCUUUGCAGGGUAUGUCACGAAAUGCGAAGUUAAGGCAGGAAUCAGGGAGUCGAUCUGGUCAUUUCAGCGGAUGACCGUAAUGGAGGAAAUGGACCAUGACAUAAUCCUCGGGAGACCAUGGUGCGCCAACGUAGAAAUGAUAGGCAUGCACUUGCACGACGACACAUAUAUGGUAGAUAUAGAAGACCCUGUGACCGACCAGGGAGAGUUUCUUCGACUCCUUGGGACCGGAGGGGACCCUCCGAAGGGGAAGUUGGCAACUUGGUCACCAACGUUCGAAGAUAGUGCACGAAAAAGAGCAUUCGCCCGGAUGGAGGGUAUGAGAGAAAGAGUGGAAAUAAUGAUUGAGGAGGCUUUUCGCAAAAAGGAAUGGAUCAAAAUGGGUCUACCUCUGAAGAAAAGGAGGCAAAAAGAUAAGGUUCUAGAGGUCAUGGUGACAGAGAAGGAGCCAGAAGUCGAACUUGGGGCCAGUCUGCAGCAAGCCGAAGGAGGGUCGAAGGGAAACGCCGGAGGACUCCGAAACAGGGCGGACGGGCUAAGUCGGAUCUGCUUCACAUCGGAAGGAAUAGAGGAUGUGGAACCAAUCGACGCCUUCCUGGAAUACGAAGGAGGAAUCCUCGUCGCAGAUAAUGUGAUGAUGAGCCUCGCUUGCACACCUGGACAGUUGUUAAUCCAGACCCUGGAAAAAGGGGCACCUGCUGUAGUUGCGGAACUCAGGGAAGGGCUUGUCACCACGACGAGACGUAAGGAUGAAAAGGAUUUGUGGGGGGCAACAGUGGGGCCGAAAGAGGAAUUGAUGGCAAUGGUCGUUAAAGGGGCCGGGACACCGUAUAUCUUGGAUGCAAGAGACAACUUGAGUGGUUACGUAGAGACGGUAGCGCUUAAAAGAAAGACGGGGAAGGGGGUAGCCGACUGGAAAGAAGAUUUCUACCUGAGACACCCCUUCAUUCGAAGAUUCAUAGCGGAUAAUGGGACGCAGUUCGUAAACCAGGAAGUUUUAGGCAAGCUUAAGAUGUUGUGCGUGCCUAUCAAGAUCAUCGAGCCGUAUCAUCCUGAGGCCAACGCGCCUGUAGAAAGGGGGCACCAGACCUUGAAAAACAUAAUUGCUAAGUUGGCGGCAGACGACCUGGGGAAUUGGCCCCGGUACCUUAAGCAUGCAGUCUUCUCAGAGAACAUGACGCCGAAAAGGACGAUGAGAAGCAUUCUGGCAGAACUCUGGUAUGGAAGGGAGAUUGAUUUCCCGGUGGAGGCAUUGGUACCCACCUGGAAUAGGAUAGAUGACAAUCCGCGCUUGUCCACGGAAGAACUAAUCAAGGCACGAUGUCAACAUGUCCUUAGAAAUGAGGAGGCCUUGGAGGAAGUUGUUAAGCGGGUGAUGGAUAGCCGAAUAAGGGACAAAGCAAGAUGGGACCAGGUCAAAAACAUCCGGAAGGAACCACUCCAGUUGAAGAAGAGAAUGCCUGCCUGGGCCAGAAUGAAGAAGGAGAGUAAGGGACAACUGAUCUUGGUUGACGUAGAAGUCUUUAAGAGUAGAGUACGGUCCCUCAUAGACUCAGGGGCUACCCGUAGUUAUAUUAGUCGUAGAGCGCUGAAGAAGCUGAGGCUAGGAUUGAAAGUCGAGAAGUUGGCAGACCCCAUAAUCAGUGUCCUCGCAGACAACCGCACAAUGCGAGUUGAGGACUACGUAGAGGGAGUCCAGGCGUACUUCCGCCUAGAGAAAGAUGGGAAGGUGGAGAAAGUUCUCCAUUCCCUGAAUCUCCUUGUACAGGAUGAUCUUCCUUUUGAUAUAGUGUUAGGAAUGGAUUGGGGAGAGGCAGCAGGGGGCACACUCCACUUGAGAGAGCAUGAGUGUAGGCUCCCUAGUCCGUCAGGUGAGGUUAACGCUGCCCGCUUGUUUCAUGUGUCACGUGUAGACAACACUCUGGCACAUUGCUGUCUCAGUGCUCCCGCGUUCGCACGACUAGUGAGAAAGGAGCAACUAGAGGAUCAGGUCUUUGUGGUAUAUGUCAGACCUGUCACUGAGCCUAAGGAAGGGGAUAGCUCCACCGAUCCAACCAUUGCCAAGCUGCUGGAGGAGUUCAAAGAUUUAACUGAGUCGUCGACAGGAGUGGUGCCGCGACCAAUCCAGCACAGAAUAGAAAUAGAGCCUGGCAGUAGAACUCCUAAGGGAGCAGUCUACAGGAUGUCCCCGAGGGAGUUAGAGUAGCUACGCAAGCAGUUGGACGAGCUCCUUGAGAAGGGUUGGAUCAGGCCCAGUUCAUCUCCUUUUGGAGCACCCGUCUUGUUUGUCCCCAAGAAGGAAGGAGAGUUGAGAAUCGGUAUAGACUACAGGGGUCUGAAUGCAAUUACAGUCAAGAAUGUUGAACCACUGCCCAGGAUAGACGAUCUUUUAGAUCGGGUGCAGGGUUGUAAGUAUUUUUCGAAGAUAGAUCUGAAGUUCGGUUAUCAUCAGAUAGAGGUCCAUCUUGAUGAUCAGUACAAGACUGCCUUCCGGACUAGAUACGGGCAUUACGAGUUUAUAGUGAUGCCCUUUGGACUGACCAACGCGCCAGCUAUAUUUCAGCGUUGCAUGAAUGAUCUGUUUAGACCUUGGUUGGAUAGGUUCGUCGUAGUCUACUUAGACGACAUCUUAGUAUUCAGCAGGACCCUCCAAGAGCAUCAGGGUUAUUUGAGGCAGGUCUUGGAGAAGCUAAGAGAGGCUAACUUCAAGAUCAACCCGAAGAAGUGUGAGUGGGCCAAGACACAAGUUUUGUACUUGGGCCAUGUUUUAGAUGAAGAUGGCAUUAAGCCUGAGGACAACAAAAUAGCGGCAAUUAG